AUGGUACCAGCACCUGCUAAAGACGAUGCUAUCAUCAUCGUUGGCGCAGGCAUCUUCGGCCUCAGCACGGCCGUCCACCUCUCUCGUAGGGGAUACACUAAUGUCACUGUCUUCGACAAACAACCAUACCACAAGUCUCUAUACUCAUACUUCAACGGCUGCGAUGGCGCAUCCGCAGACAUGAACAAGAUUAUUCGUUCAGCCUACGGCUCCCAGACAGAAUACCAAGGUCUCACGAUAGAGGCAUUGGAGGGAUGGAACGCCUGGAACGAAGAACUCGCCACCGGCAAGACAGUACCCCCAGGCAUGACGACCUCAGAUCGAGUCUUCAUCAACAACGGCAACCUGUCCCUCUCCGACUCAGCAACCCUGCCCCAGUUCGAGCAGGACACUGUCGACAACAUGGAGAACGCAGGACACAAGAACACCCAGCUCAUCACCAUAUCCCCCACACACCAGAAAAUAGCCGCCGCGAAAGGCUUCGCGUUUGGCAUGGACCCGUUCCGCCGACUCAAGCGCGGCCUCAACGCGGCCGGCGUUCUCGAUACGACGGGAGGUAUGGCCGUCGCGGAUAAAGCUUGCCGCUUCGCGCUGCACAAAGCCGCUUCUCAAGGCGUCAAGUUCGUCCUGGACCCCGAGGCCGGGGCGCUGGAGUCUUUGGUGUAUGAAGGCAAGCAGAUCGCCGGCAUCAAGACUCGCGACGGCAAGACGCAUACUGCGAAGCUGACGAUCCUCGCCUGCGGCGGCUGGACUCCCUCCAUCCUCCCCGCCAUGGACGGCCUCUGCGAAACGACGGCUGGAUCCGUCGUCCUUCUCAAGAUCCCCCGCUCAUCUCCUCUCUUCGACCGUUUCGCGCCGGAGAACUUCCCCACGUUCACGUAUAAAGUCCGCGACGGCGCCGAGGGCGGGCUUUACGGCUUCCCCAGGGACGAGAAUGGAUGGUUGAAAAUUGGGUACCGCGGCACGAAGUACACCAACCCCGUCGCCCAGGCAGACGGCAAGGAGCGCAGUGUGCCGGUCACGAGGUGGUCUUCUGCUGGAACCUCCGGCGACGGUGAGAAAUUGAAGACGGUCCCGCAGCAAGCUCUGAAAGUCAUCCGCGCUUUUCUGGCGGAGAACCUUCCAGAGCUGGGUGAGGCUGGCAUUGAAGUGUCGUUCACGAGGGUUUGCUGGUACACGGAUAGCUACGAUAACCACUUCGUCAUCGACCACGUGCCCGGCACCGAACGCUCGCUGAUGGUGGCGACAGGCGGUAGCGGACAUGCGUUCAAGUAUCUCCCCAACAUUGGCAACUGGGUUGUAAACGCGGUUGAGGGAGUAGGUCAGGGGCAGAUCCCAUCAAAGCUGUGGAGGUGGAGGCAGAUGAGUGAGGACGAGACGGCUUACAAUGUCUUGAUGGAAGGUAGCAGCGGUCCAAGAGCGUUGGCAAACGUCCCUUUGGCGUCUGAUAUUGAUGUCGGCGAUAACGUGAGGGCAAGGCUUUGA